CGGAGGUGUCCCUGAGCACUGGAGCAGUGAAGAAGGCCUCCCAGAGUUGGUGAGACCUGUACUCACCUUGACAAAUGGGAAAGCUUUGGACAGGAUAGGGACAGGCAUAGGCAUUCUAGGAUGGGGCAAAGGAAUGGCGAGGAGGCUAGGCAGGGUUUAGUGAGUAAAGCCAGGGUCCUAUUGAGAAGCACUGGAAUCAGAAGUUGAAAAGUAGCUGGGGAAUAGAUGUGGAGAGCCUUUGGCUGUCAGGCUAAAGGCUUUGGAUUUACCUUGAGCAGGGAGAUAAUAUUUUGAAACAGUGAAGUAGAGGAACUGUCAUUUGACUUCACUGGCCAGCCCCGUCCAGCUCAUCCUUCAGGUUUACGCUUAGAUGCCAUUUCCCUUAGGAAGUCUUUCGCACUCCUAAAGUGCUAGGUUGGUACCCACGGUCCUGUGGCCUUGACCACACUGGACGGGAAAUGUCUGGAUACAUUUAUGCCUCAGUGCCCCCACUGCUUUCCCCCACCACAUCCCUAAUGCUUCCGAAGCCUCAGCUGUCCUUGAAACUUGAAAUCAGUUCAACAGAUAGGCUCUAGUGAAUUGUUAUUUUUUUUCUAACUCAUCUCACCAGCAAAGGACACCUACAGAGAUGUCGCCAGUCCUUCACUUCUAUGUCCGUCCCUCUGGCCACGAGAGGGCAGCCUCUGAAUAUACUCAAAGGAAGCUGCAAGGGGCACUGCCAGAGCUGCAGGGUGUCAAGACCGAGCUGUGCUACAACGUGAACUGGACAGCUGAGUCCUCCCCGAGCGCCGAGGAGAUGAAGAAGCUGACAUGGCUCUUUGGCUGCCCCUUGUUACUGGACGAUGUCGCUCAGGAGUCCUGGCUCCUUCCCGGCUUCACUGACCUGCUGCUGGAGGUCGGGCCCAGGCUGAACUUCUCCACGCCAACUUCCAGCAACAUCGUGUCCGUGUGCCAGGCUGCGGGGCUGGGGGCUGUGGACCGCGUGGAGCCGACCCGGCGCUACCUGCUCUCGUUUGCCCACCCGCCUUCGGCCGAGCUGGAGGCCAUCGCCCUGGCCACCCUGCAUGACCGGAUGACGGAGCAGCACUUCCCCUGCCCCAUCCAGAGCUUCUCCCUGGGGUGCAUCCCAGCACCCCUCGGCGGCCCAAUUGACAUACUGGCUGAGGGCCGCUCUGCCCUGGAGAAAGCCAAUCAGGAGCUAGGUCUGGCCCUAGACUCCUGGGACCUGGAUUUCUACACCAAGCGCUUCCAGGAGCUGCAGCGGAACCCGAGCACUGUGGAGGCCUUCGACUUGGCUCAGUCCAAUAGUGAGCACAGCCGACACUGGUUCUUCAAGGGCCGACUCCACAUAGAUGGGCAGGAGCUAGCACACUCACUGUUUGAGGCCAUCAUGAGCACGCAGGCAUCCUCUCACCCCAACAAUGUCCUCAAGUUCUGUGACAACAGCAGUGCAAUCCAGGGGAAGGAAGUCCAAUUCCUGCGUCCCGAGGACCCCUCACGGCCAAGCUGCUUCCGGCCACGUCGGGGGCUGAGACACGUCGUCUUCACAGCAGAGACCCACAACUUCCCCACAGGAGUAGCCCCCUUCAGCGGUGCGACCACUGGCACAGGGGGCCGGAUCCGAGAUGUCCAGUGCACAGGCCGUGGGGCCCACGUGGUGGCUGGCACUGCUGGCUAUUGCUUCGGAAACCUGCACAUUCCAGGUUACAACAUGCCCUGGGAGGAUCCAAGCUUCCAGUAUCCUGGGAACUUUGCCCGACCCCUGGAGAUUGCCAUCGAGGCCAGUAAUGGGGCUUCUGACUACGGCAACAAGUUUGGAGAACCAGUUCUGGCUGGCUUUGCCCGUUCCUUGGGCCUCCAGCUCCCAGAUGGCCAGCGGCGUGAGUGGAUCAAGCCCAUCAUGUUUAGUGGAGGCAUUGGCUCCAUGGAAGCUGAGCAUGUGAGCAAGGAGCCCCCAGAGCCAGGCAUGGAUGUUGUGAAGGUUGGGGGUCCUGUCUACAGGAUUGGAGUUGGGGGCGGAGCUGCUUCGUCCGUGCAGGUGCAGGGAGACAACGCCAGCGACCUGGACUUUGGGGCUGUGCAGCGGGGAGACCCGGAGAUGGAACAGAAGAUGAACCGUGUGAUCCGGGCUUGUGUGGAGGCCCCCGGGGGAAACCCCAUCUGCAGCCUUCAUGACCAGGGCGCCGGUGGCAAUGGCAACGUCCUGAAGGAGCUGACUGACCCAGCCGGAGCCGUCAUUUAUACCAGCCGCUUCCAGCUCGGGGACCCGACCCUGAACGCCCUGGAAAUCUGGGGGGCCGAGUACCAGGAGUCAAAUGCACUGCUGCUGAGGCCCCCCGACCGGGACUUCCUGAGUCGUGUCAGCGCCCGGGAACGCUGCCCAGCUUGCUCUGUGGGCACCGUCACGGGAGACAGGAGGAUAGUGCUGGUGGAUGAUCGGGAGUGUCCUACGGGCAGGGAUGGCCAGGGGGAUGCCCCCCCAACACCUCCCCCGACCCCUGUGGACCUGGAUCUGGACUGGGUGCUGGGCAAGAUGCCCCGAAAGGAGUUCUUCCUCCAGAGGAGUGUCCCCGUGCUGCGGCCCCUGGCCUUGCCCCCAGGGCUGAGCGUGCGCCAGGCCCUGGCACGGGUCCUCAGGCUGCCUGCGGUGGCCAGCAAGCGCUACCUCACCAGCAAGGUGGACCGCUCCGUGGGCGGCCUGGUGGCACAGCAGCAGUGUGUGGGACCCCUGCAGACCCCUCUGGCAGACGUGGCGGUGGUGGCACUGAGUCACCAGGAGCUCGUAGGGGCUGCCACAGCCCUGGGAGAGCAGCCAGUCAAGAGCCUGCUGGACCCCAAGGUUGCUGCCCGGCUGGCCGUGGCCGAAGCCCUCACCAACCUGGUGUUUGCUCUGGUCACCGACCUCCGGGACGUGAAGUGCAGCGGAAACUGGAUGUGGGCGGCCAAGCUCCAGGGGGAGGGCGCGGCUCUGGCCGACGCCUGUGGGGCUGUGGUGGCCGUGAUGGCGGCCCUGGGUGUGGCAGUGGACGGUGGCAAGGACUCCCUCAGCAUGGCUGCCCGGGUUGGCGCUGAGACCGUGCGGGCUCCUGGGUCGCUGGUCAUCUCCGCCUAUGCUGUCUGUCCAGACAUUACAGCCACUGUGACCCCAGACCUCAAGUGUCCCGGAGGGAGAGGCCACCUGCUCUACGUGCCUCUGAGUCCUGGGCAGCAUCGGCUCGGGGGUACAGCUCUGGCCCAGUGCUUCUCCCAGCUCGGCGAGCAGCCUCCCGACCUGGACAUUCCCGAGAACUUGGUGCGAGCCUUCGGCAUCACCCAGGGGCUGCUGAAAGACCGCCUCCUCUGCUCAGGCCACGAUGUCAGCGACGGAGGUCUCAUCACCUGCCUGCUAGAGAUGGCCUUUGCUGGGAACUGUGGGAUAGAGGUGGCCAUCGCUGCCCCAGGGGUCAACGUGCUGCCUGUACUGUUCGCUGAGGAGCCAGGCUUGGUGCUGGAGGCGCAAGAGCCAGACCUGGCCCGAGUGCUGACACGUUACCGGGAGGCUGGCCUCCACUGCCUGGAGCUGGGCCGCACGGGCAACGCCGGGCCCCACGCCAUGGUCCGGGUAUCAGUGAAUGGGGCUGUCGUUCUGGAGGAGCCCGUUGGGCAGCUACGAGCCCUCUGGGAGGAGACCAGUUUCCAGCUGGAUCGGCUGCAGGCAGAGCCCCGCUGUGUGGCCCAGGAAGAAGUGGGCCUGAGGGAGCGGACGGGGCCCACCUACUGCCUGCCGCCCACCUUUCCCAAAGCUUCCGUGCCUCAUGAGCCUGGUGGUCCCACCCCCCGAGUUGCCAUCUUUCGAGAAGAAGGCAGUAACGGAGACCGGGAGAUGGCCGAUGCCUUCCACCUGGCUGGGUUUGAGGUGUGGGACGUGACCAUGCAGGACCUCUGCUCUGGAGCAGUCAGGCUGGACACGUUCCAAGGCAUGGCCUUCGUGGGUGGCUUCAGCUAUGCGGACGUCCUGGGCUCUGCCAAAGGGUGGGCAGCCGCCGUGACCUUUAACCCCCAGGCCGGGGCUGAGCUGAGGCGCUUCCGGCAGCGGCCAGACACCUUCAGCCUGGGCGUGUGUAACGGCUGCCAGCUGCUGGCCCUGCUGGGCUGGGUGGGAGGCAGUCCUGGUGACGAGGCGGCAGAGACAGGCCACGAGUCCUGGCCGGCCCGGCCUGGCCUCCUGCUGCGCCACAACCGGUCUGGGCGCUUCGAGUCGCGCUGGGCCAGCGUGCGAGUGGGGCCCGGGCCGGCCCUGAUGCUGCGAGGGAUGGAGGGUGCCGUGCUGCCCGUGUGGAGCGCUCACGGGGAAGGUUACAUGGCAUUUUCUUCCCCGGAACUCCAAGCCCAGAUUGAGGCCAGGGGCUUGGCUCCGCUGCACUGGGCAGACGAUGACGGCAACCCCACGGAACAGUACCCCCUGAAUCCCAACGGGUCCCCAGGGGGCGUGGCUGGCGUCUGCUCCCCCGAUGGCCGCCACCUGGCUCUCAUGCCUCACCCCGAGCGGUCUGUGAGGCCUUGGCAGUGGGCCUGGCGACCCCCUCCAUUUGACACUCUGACCACAUCCCCCUGGCUCCAGCUCUUCGUCAAUGCCCGAAACUGGACCCGAGAAGCAGGCUGCUGAGCAGGCCGGGGAGACUCCCCUGG